UCGGGGUGCACGUUAGCACAUUCUACCUUCUUUCGGCUCUCACAGACACACAACACAGUGCCCUCUAAUUCCAAAGCUCUCGUUUUUCUUCCCUUUUCCUCCCUCCCCGGCGUUGUUUCUCAGUAGAGAAAACCCGUUCAGGACAUACUAACAGAUUAAUCGGAAUAGGAUAUGGCGAGCGCAAUUGAUGCAUCGGGAGAUCCGAUCCCGACAUCGGCAGUUCUGACAUCGUCAUCCAAGCACAUAUCGCUCAGAUGCCAAGCGGAGAACGUGGCCUUCCUCAAGUGCAAGAAGCAGGAUCCUAACCCCGAGAAAUGCCUCGACAAAGGCCACCAAGUCACUCGCUGCGUCCUUGGCCUGCUGAAAGAUCUUCACCAGAGGUGCACAAAAGAGAUGGAUGCAUAUGUUGGAUGCAUGUAUUACAACACAAAUGAGUUUGAUUUAUGUCGCAAAGAGCAGCAAGCAUUUGAGAAAGCAUGUCCUUUGGAAUGAGACAAGCCAAUCCCGCGGUCACAAUAACAUCGGCAGUUUGCAUUGAGCAAGUACUGUUGUUGCAUACAGUUUUAAUUGAGCAUGUUUUUCGGCGUGGAGAUUGUCACCCAUUUUGCAUGUUCACUGUUCAAAUUUUCCGUAGGAAAUGCUUCCAGGUCUGGACGACGUUGCCUUCUUUUCGAGCAUAAUUAUUGAUGAAUGACCAUCCAUUUUCUAAAAUGUAAUUGACAGACUUUUUUUUCCCUUC